UUAAACUUUUGCCCCUCAGACAAGAUGCAGACAAACAAGCACUAUGGCACCAAAAGGCUUGUUCGUAGACGGCCACGGUUUGUCUCUGCUGCAGAUGCCCUAAAAAAGAAAGUCAGGUCUUCAGUUCAAACCUCCGCUUCAAUACCAAAAACCUGGGACAACACACAGAUCCCUCAAACAGGAUACUCGCGAAUCCCGCUCCAGCCCAGCUCAGAAGAAUUUAAGGAGGUUGCAGCUCUUUUCUAUAAAACCAUGAAAGACUGUGAUAAUGUCAACAUUGAGAGGAUUCAGAACAAAGCUCUGUGGGAAGCCUUUCAGUUGACUUUUUGGCUGGCAGGCCAGUCCGUCAGGAUCGGCAACAGGACUUCAGCCAGCAUUAUUACAAACACUGGCGUUCCACAAGGUUGCGUCCUCAGCCCCAUCCUCUACACCCUGUACACCCAAAACUGUCACCUCCAACAAGGAUAACAUCAUUUUGAAGUUCGCAGAUGACACUGCAGUGAUCGGUCGCAUCACUGGAGGGGACGAAGUGGCUUACAGGAGAGAGGUGGCCAGUCUGGUGUCAUGGUGUGAGGACAACAACCUCACCCUCAACACUGACAAGACAAAGGAGAUGAUAGUGGACACGAGGAAGAAGAGGAGGCCUCACCCACCGCUGUCUGUCCGUGGCCUUGAAGUGGAGAGGGUGAGCAGCUUUAGGUACCUGGGCGUCUACAUCACUGAGGACCUCACCAGGACACUGAACACCACACAGCUGGUCAAGAAGGCUCAGCAGCAGCUGUAUUUCCUGAGGAGGCUGAGGAAAUUUGGUAUGUCGGCCAAGAUCCUCAGCAGGUUCUACAGCUGCAUUGUGGAGAGCACACUGACCAGCUGCAUCACUGCAUGGUAGGGCAGCACUACUGCUAUGGACCGCAGAGAGUGAUAACAACCGCAGAGAAGAUCAUCAGAACUCCGCUGCCCUCUCUGCAGAGCAUCUAGUAUCACAGAGUCCAGAGGAGACCUGCCUCCAUCCUCAAAGACCCCACACACCCCCAACAUGGGGGACUGUUCACACUUCUGCCCUCGGGGUGGAGCUUCAGAAGUGUGAAAUCCAGAACAUCCAGACUCAACAACUCCUUCUUCCCCACUGCCAUCAGACUCUUGAACUGCUGACCUAUUUUUGUUUGCACAUCAGGUCAUCCUGCAUAUUAAGCCAGCACAUUAAGCUAUAGUUCCUUUGUACACAUCUCUGUUUCACACCUCCAUAUUUUGUCUCCUUUUCUGUUUUCAUUUAUUUAUUUGUACUA